GUUUUGCUUCAAUCUGACAAAACAUUAUUGCACUUAAUGAAUUUCCUAAAUUAUGUUGGUAAAUUUUCUAUUAUUUUCCUCCAUUUUUGUUCUUCUUAGAGCUCAAAUUUACCCUCCAACUGACCUUACUGCAGAAAACAUAGAUCCAACUACUUUUAUAUUAAAAUGGCUUCCUCCAGAUGAUUUAGAAAAUUAUACCUACACAAUAACAAUAAAUAUGACAAAUCCCACCAGUUAUAUACCAGAAGAGUGCUCAAAUAGUCAAGAUGUUGUUUUUAUGACAACCCACACAAAAAAUAAAAACUACACAUAUUCGAAAGCUAACACUGACUAUAAUAUUGAGGUUUUUUUAAGUGCUCGUAAUUUGGAAGGAGAUAGUUCUGAACCUGUAAAUAUAACAUUUUCUACAAUGGAGGGAAUUUCUGGUGAAGUUACAAACGUUGUCUACCAAAACCUCACAACAAUUGGAAAAGACAACGUAAAUUUAAAUGGUAAUAUAACCUGGCUCUACCCUUGCACACCAAAUGGUUUACCAAGUUUUAAUAUCCGCUUAAAUGGCUUGUACACUGAAGACCAUAAUCUAACAGAUAUUCACAACAUCCCAGUUGAUAAUCUGGAAAGUUAUCAACAAUUUGUUGGUUUAGAUGGUUUAUUAAAGUAUUCUUUUCGUUAUACUGCCGAAAUAUUUGCUGUCACCUCCAAAGGUGCUAAUGGAGGGGUUACCCUAACCUUUUUGACUGACCCAAACUACCCUGAUGAGCCAAAAAUGUUAAAUAUAAAAGACACAGGCACUGAAAUGGAAAUACAUUGGGAAGAACCUGAAAACAAAAUGGGAAAAAUACUAAAUUAUUACGUCCAGAUAAAAUCUUUAGGCCCCAUAGAGGGCAGCUAUGAUUGCAAUGCCGAUUUCGGUACUACCAACUACAAAACCACAACAAAAACCCUAAAAAUCCCUACAAGGCCUUACUAUACUUACAAUAUAACUAUACAGGGGGAGACCGAAAUAGGCAGAGGCAAAACAAAAUCGGAAAUAUAUAAAACACGGGCAAUUGCCCCCCCACUACCCAGCAGUGUCAAUAUAACUGACAGUACUGACGUCACAGAAGAUGAAGUUAUUUUGGAUUUUAAACUAUCUUUUGUCUACCCAUGUGCCACCAACGGUAUACUAAAUUAUACCAUAGAGUUAAGGGGGCAAUAUACGGAUGAUGAUGAUGAGCAUACAUCAACUGAAAUACCUUGGGAAUCGGAUAUUUCCUAUAUAACAAGAGAAAAAAUUAUUGAUAUAUCGGAAUUUUUGAGCUAUUCUUAUUAUUACGAACUAAUUAUAUAUUCCAAUGAUACAAUUUUUAUUACCACCAAUUUUAAUACGUCUGACAACUACCCAAAUGAACCAGUUUUAAAUAUCUCGGACAACGGGAUAGAACUGGAUUUAGCAUGGGAAGAACCGCCGAAAAGAAUGGGCAAAAUAAUAUUUUAUGACCUUGAAAUUGCACCAUUGGGUGUAAAAGAAAAUGCUUUGGAUUGUGAUCCUUUUAAAAGUAGUACAAAUAUUCAAACAUCAAAUUAUAAGUAUAAGAUGAAUAUAAGAUCUUAUUAUGAUUAUAAUGUUACUAUAAGGGGGAAUACCUCAGUUGGGUGGGGGAAAGCUUACAAUACAAUUUAUUCUACCCAAAAACAAAAACCUGACAGUACAAAUAAACUUGAAUGUGAAAUAAGGAAUUUCAGCGACGGUGAUGAAUAUAAUGUGGAAGCAUACAUAAAUUUUGGCCGACCUUGUAGAACAAAUGGACCUUUUGAAAAUUACGAAAUAACGUACACAGGUACGAGAAAAAAUUACAAUAAUCAUGAAAAAACAGUGCUACUAGACAGAUUUAAUUCAAAUAGCUAUAAUUUUAACCUAAAACCCGAAUUUUAUUACAACAUUUCUGUAAAAGUUAAUAACGAUGAGUUUGCGAGUAAUUUAGUGCAGGCAUCGAUUGCAGCGCCACCUGGAGUACCAAAACAAAACAACUCAUUGAGCGUUGAGCUGCGAGUGUCUUCGAGUAAGGCCAUUUUGACCUUGAGCAGAAAAUAUUUUUCCGACGAAAAUGGAGAUAAUUUGUACUAUGCGAUUAUCUUGUCCAAUGAAAAGAUCGGUUCAGCUGAAACUUUUACGUUGUGGGACAAUGAAACUUGGCCCGAAUUGAAGGAUAGUGAAGUUUAUGUUACUGAAGAUUUUUGGCGACCAUUCGAAGAUGAGGAUGUAGAAUCUAUAGAUGUUGAAAUAACCAAAAACAUAACGGAAAAUACAAAAUACUAUAUGGUUAUAAGAGCCUUUACUGGCAUAGCUUUUAGAGAUUCAAAAAUCAUUGAAUUUCAUACAACAGUGGCAGAUGUUGGAAGCAACCUAGGUUUAAUUCUAGGUCUAUCAAUAGGCUUAGGUUUUGCUUUAGUGGCAUUUAUUGGAGUUACCCUGUACUAUUUAAGAAAACAUAAAUUCUGCUUUAGAAAAGGAAAAUUUUCCACUGUUGUGACAUCAGCUAGGGAUAUAUACCCCAAAUUCAGGGUCAUCAAUGAUAAAGAAUUGGCAGAAGAAUUUUAUAAUUUAAAUAUAACCAGUAGUAGUAUUAAAAAAAGCAAAGAUGUUGGAGUACAGCCAGGGAAUCAGAAGAAAAACCGGUAUAAGAAUAUUUUGCCUUAUGAUUCUACAAGAGUAAAAUUGCUGAGGAAUGGGGAAGAUUUUAUAAAUGAUUAUAUUAAUGCUUCUUAUAUACAAGGUUACACUGGUAAUGUAGAGUACAUAGCAUCCCAAGGACCUUUAAGUGAAACUUGUGCAGAUUUUUGGAAAAUGGUAAUAAACGAAAAUGUUACUGUUAUAGCUCAAGCAGCUGCCUUUGUGGAAAACGGUUCUACAAAAUGUUACAAAUAUUUCCCUGAAGUUGGUGAGUAUCAAGAUGAGGACGAUGUUUCUAUAAAAACUUUGUCAAAAAUUAACAUGGAAUACUAUUGUACAAGGCAAAUACAAAUACAAUGUGAUAAAAAGGAAAAAACUGUAACACAUUUGCAAUUUUUAUAUUGGCCAGAUUUUGGAGUUCCAGAAAAUACAGAAUGUGUUAUAAAUUUUUGUCAGGAGCUCAGAAGGCACAAAAAAACUGGAAUGAUAUUAAUUCAUUGCAGUGCUGGGGUGGGUAGAACAGGCACCCUUAUAUCUUUUGAUAUUGCAAUGCAAGCAGUGCAUGCCAAAAAAGAGGUAAAUAUUGAAGAAAUAGUUUUACAUUUAAGACACCAAAGGCCACAAAUGGUCCAAUCUGAGGGACAAUAUAUUUUUAUACACAAAUGUGUUGCAGACUAUAUCAAAAAAUUGGAUAGAUGACUCAUUUUUAGAAAUGUUUAAUAAUUAUUAGAUCUCUAAAAAUAAUGUAUAUUAUUUAAAUUAAAAACUAGUUUAUUAAAAUUUCUUUAUUAAACUAAUUGUUUUAUGUAAGUAGGUAUAUCACAGUAUAUUAAAAAACCUAUACUAAGUAAAUCUUUUUGAGCAAACGCGGUAAUUACUAACUAAAAUUAGGUAUAUCAGUCUUAUUUUUAAAAAAACAUUCAAAAAACAAUUAUAAAAAUUGACAAGAAGUUUACCUUAAAAAAACUUCUCAAGAAUAAAUUCCAGCUGGUUGCAUUAAAUGGUAGUUGUGGGGCCUCAGCGGCAUGUUUGGUUGAAGAUGGUGUACAGGUUGUAUACCAUGGUUUGGCAUCAUCACACCCAUAUGAUGAUGUUCAUGUUCAGGUAAUCCCCAGCGAUUCUGGUGUUCAAUAUAGUUUAACGGUUGAGGUAUAUUUAUUGCAUUAUUUUGAGGUAUUUGGUUGUUUUCGACUGCAGGGGGGUUGUAAGGUUCUUCUACCGGCAUUUCCGGUGGUUUUGGGCCGUUUUUCUCAACUAAAAUAGAUUUCCUACCAUCUUUCUCAUAAUAAAAACCCAUAUCAAAUAGUAACCUUCGUAGAGUCAUUAUAGAGAAAUUCGGCAAACUCUCAUCACCAUUAAUACUCUUUAAAAUUGUACUCAAACUAGGCACAACAUUUUUAUACUUUAAAUCAUAAAUAAUCGUCCUUAUAGCUUGACGAACAUUAUCAUCAUAUUUAAUGUAACGACUGUUAAUGUUAAUAUUCUUCCUAACCUUAGUUUUACUCGGCUCCUUAAACCCCGUCUUCUCCUCCUUUCUAAACAUAAAAAUACUCUUCUCACUGCACCCCGUAGCUUUAGCAGUUCUUCUCACGAUUUCAGUCACACACAAAUCCGAAUAUUCCGCUUUAAAGUAUUUAAAAACGUUCAAUAUUAUAGUCUUUUCUUUACCCGUGUAGCUCAUCCCCUGUUUCAUUUUUUUCACGACCGUUGAGUCACUGUAUUCCGCGUUUUCCUUUUUGGAUUUUGAAUUCUUCACCUCCAUGUUUUUGUUGAUUGAAAUAUGUCGUGCGAAGAUAGCAACGAAUGCAGU